UACACAUCAUACAUGUGGUGUACACGUUGUAGUGUAUCACGCCUUCAAUUAAAGAUUGAAUAAUAAAUAAAUAGUUUAUUUUAAAAAUGGUUCGUAAAAAAAUAGAUAAUCGCGUUCGUGUUUUAAUUGAAAAUGGUGUUGUCACGGGACAUAGAACGAUGUUUAUUGUUAUUGGUGAAAAAGCACGAGAUCAGGUAGUUUUGCUACAUCACAUGUUAUCAAAGACUGUUAUAAAAGCUAGACCUUCUGUACUUUGGUGUUACAAGAAGGAAUUGGGAUUUAGUAGUCAUAGGAAGAAGCGAAUGAAGUCCAUACAGAAGAAAGUCAAAUCAGGAAAAUUAGAUGUUAAUGAAGAUGAUCCAUUUGAAUUAUUUGUUGUCUCUACUAAUAUAAGAUAUUGCUAUUAUUAUGAAACACAUAAAAUAUUGGGAAAUACAUAUGGGAUGUGUAUUUUACAAGAUUUUGAAGCAAUUACACCAAAUUUGUUAGCACGUACUAUUGAAACUGUAGAAGGAGGUGGACUUAUCAUAUUUCUCUUACAAUCAGUGCAAUCUUUGAAACAACUAUAUACAAUGAAUAUGGAUGUUCAUCAAAGAUUCCGUACAGAAGCACAUCAAGAUGUUACUGGUCGAUUUAAUGAAAGAUUUUUGUUAUCUCUUGCUUCAUGCAAAAGAUGUUUAGUUGUUGAUGAUCAAUUAAAUGUAUUACCUUUAUCAUCACAUAAUUUAAAGAUUGAACCUAUACAAAAACUUCCAUCUUCUGAAGAACUAACAGAAUUAGAUGUAUUAAAAGAGAGUUUAAAAGAUACACAGCCUAUUUCUUCUCUUGUUAAUUGCUGCAAGACAAUUGAUCGUCUUCUCAAAUUUAUUGAAUGUAUAUCAGAAAAAACAUUAAGGUCUACUGUCUCUUUAACUGCAGCUAGAGGACGUGGAAAAUCUGCAGCUCUAGGUUUAGCUAUUGCUGGUGCUAUAACAUUCAGUUAUUCAAACAUUUAUGUUUCAAGUCCAAGUCCAGAAAAUUUGAAUACAUUAUUUGAAUUCAUUUUUAAAGGAUUUGAUGCAUUAGGGUAUCAAGAACAUCUUGAUUAUGGACUUGUACAAUCAACAAAUCCUGAGUUUAAUAAAGCUACAGUACGUGUAAAUGUUUUUCGAGAUCACAGGCAAACAAUACAGUAUAUACAUCCUACUGAUGCACACAAAUUAAAUCAAGCUGAAUUACUUGUAAUUGAUGAAGCUGCUGCAAUACCUCUUCCUUAUGUGAAAGCUAUGCUUGGUCCUUAUUUAAUAUUUCUUUCAUCAACUAUUAAUGGAUAUGAAGGAACAGGGAGAUCUUUAUCACUGAAACUAUUACAGCAAUUACGAAGUCAAACAGUUGGUUCAAAUAGUCAUGUAAAAACUGAGAAACAACAAAAUGAAAAAACUUUUAUUGGAAGACAAUUACAUGAACUCACAUUGGAAGAAUCUAUUCGUUAUAAGCCAGGGGACUCUAUUGAGCAAUGGCUCUGUAAUUUAUUAUGCUUAAAUGCUACAACAAGUGUAUCUAUGUUAUCUGGAUGUCCACCUCCUGAUAUGUGUCAAUUAUACUACAUAAAUAGAGAUACCUUAUUUUCUUAUCAUAAAGCAUCUGAAUUAUUUUUACAAAGGUUGGUGGCUCUUUAUGUCGCUUCACACUACAAGAAUAGUCCAAAUGAUUUACAAAUGAUGUCUGAUGCACCAGCACAUCACCUAUUUUGUCUUUUGGGUCCAGUAGAUUCAAACAAGAAAACAUUGCCUGAAGUAUUAACAGUAAUUCAAAUUUGCUUAGAAGGUGAAGUGAGUAAGUACACCAUAAAUGAUGGACUAGGCCGAGGGCGCAAAGCAGCUGGUGAUCUUAUACCAUGGACUAUCGCACAACAAUAUCAAGAUCAAGAUUUUCCGUCGUUAGCUGGAGCACGUAUUGUCCGCAUUGCAACGCAUCCCGAUUAUCAUGGGAUGGGAUACGGUAGUCGAGCAUUAAAAUUGUUGAAACAAUACUAUGACAUGAAAAUAUUAAAUAUUAACGAAGCAUCGUCAGAAACAUAUACGACAGAAAUAUCAAGAGUUCAAGAUGAAGAGAUGAAUUUACUGGAAGAAAGAAUUGAACCUCGAGCUUCUCUUCCACCACUUCUUUUAAAACUAACUGAAAGACGCCCAGAAAGUUUAGAUUAUAUCGGUGUAUCUUUUGGAGUUACUGAACAACUUCUAAAAUUUUGGAAGCGUGCUGGCUUUGUGCCUGUAUAUUUAAGACAAACGACAAAUGAUAUAACAGGUGAACACUCGUGUAUCAUGUUGUACAAGAUAAGUUCUGAACAAGAAGAUGUUAGGUGGUUACAAGCAUAUUGGAAUGAUUUUCGAAGACGGUUCAUCAGUUUACUUUCUAGUUCAUUUAAUACAUAUUCAUCUUCAUUAGCUUUAAGCAUAUUAAUUAAUAAAAAGAUUACACCAGAGAUUACAAAAUUAUCAAAACAUACAUUGGAUAUCUAUUUUACGUCCUAUGAUUUAAAACGUUUAACUAUGUAUAGUAAUAAUAUGGCAGAUUAUCAUCUGAUAAUGGAUCUAUUACCGAUAUUUAUUUAAAAAUUGAUAUUGUUAUUUUUGGCUAUUUUAUUAGGAUUAGGUUUGCAACACAAAACUGUGGAUAAAUUAGCAGAAGAAUUAGACUUACCAGCAUCUCAAUUACUAGCUUUAUUCAAUCGUAUUAUACGUAAAUUUGUGCAGUGCCUUAACAGAACAGCAGAAAACUUUAUUGAGACCACGAUGAUGAAAACGGAAAUCAGUAAUGAAACUGUACGACUUAAUCCUAUUAAUGGAAAAAGUUUACACGAUGAAUUAGAAGCUGCAGCCAAGGAAUUAAAAGCUAAACAAAAAGCGGAAUUAGAAAAAUUGAAAAAAGAAAACUUAGAACAAUAUGCAAUUAAAGGAACAGAUACUGAUUGGAAUGAUGCACUUUCUGGGAAGAAAACUAAAAAACUUAUAUCUAUAAAAAGUGGAGAAAAAAGAGCAUCAGAAGAUGACAGUAUUGUGGAAGUUAAAAAAAAGCAAUUUAAAAAAAAGAAAAAACAGUUUGUCAAAACUUCAACAAUGUAA